ACAACUUCCUUCCUGCUUUCCUCCCCCAAGCCUCCGCCUUUCUCCCUCCUCCCUCCUCCACUACCCCCCCAACUUUUCUUUCUUUUUUUUUUUUUUAAUCGUACAUUGAACAAACACUGAAGUAACCCGGAGCAGACACUGACAGGGGCAGUAUCUCCACGGUCGAAAAGGGCGUGCAGGGCCGGCUUGGCGUCGCCACUGCCGGGAUCGCCGGGCCCCUGAACCGAAGAGCUUUCCCCCCUCUUUCGCACUCCUCUUUUUUGUCUUCUAUAGCUUGUGAGAAAAUAAUUUCUGAGCAUUUUUACUUUUAAAGCCAUCUCGUCCCUACGAGGUCUGCGCCUCUGGGCAUGUAGUCUACACAGGACCUGAGAAUCUGAGAAACUGCAGCCGCACGGUUGUUUAUGGAGCUUUGGGCGGGGGCUGAGCCCGCGGUCGUGCCCCCAGCCCGCUGCCCAGGCCAUGCCGCCCCAUCUGCGCGCGGAGCCGCGGCUGCCGGGCCUCCGGGGCUGAGCCGGGAGCGCCGGGAGGAGGAGGCGCCGGCGGCGGAGCAGGAGCGGGAGCCGCGGCGGCGGGCAGCGCGGGACCCAGUACUAUGGCUGUGUACUGCUAUGCGCUCAAUAGCCUGGUGAUCAUGAAUAGCGCCAACGAGAUGAAGAGCGGCGGCGGCCCGGGGCCCAGUGGCAGCGAGACGCCCCCGCCCCCGGGGAGGGCAGUGCUGAGCCCCGGCAGCGUUUUCAGCCCCAGGAGAGGCGCCUCUUUCCUCUUCCCCCCCGCCGAGUCGCUGUCGCCCGAGGAGCCCCGGAGCCCCGGGGGCUGGCGGAGCGGCCGGCGCAGGCUGAAUAGUAGCAGCGGCAGUGGCAGUGGCAGCAGCGGCAGCAGCGUGAGCAGCCCAAGUUGGGCUGGUCGCCUGCGAGGGGACGGGCAGCAGGUGGUGGCAGCCGGUACCCUCUCCCCGCCGGGGCCAGAGGAGGCCAAGAGGAAGCUGCGGAUCCUGCAGCGCGAGUUGCAGAACGUGCAGGUGAACCAGAAAGUGGGCAUGUUUGAGGCGCACAUCCAGGCACAGAGCUCCGCCAUUCAAGCGCCCCGCAGCCCGCGUUUGGGCAGGGCUCGCUCGCCCUCCCCGUGCGCCUUCCGCAGCAGCAGUCAGCCCCCUGGAAGGGUCCCGGUUCAGGGCGCCCGGAGCGAGGAACGGAGGACAAAGUCCUGGGGGGAGCAAUGUCCAGAGACUUCAGGAACCGACUCCGGGAGGAAAGGAGGGCCCAGCCUAUGCACCUCGCAGGUGAAGAAAGGAAUGCCCCCUCUUCCCGGCCGGGCUGCCCCUACAGGAUCAGAGGCUCAGGGUCCAUCCGCUUUUGUAAGGAUGGAGAAGGGUAUCCCGGCCAGUCCCCGCUGUGGCUCACCCACAGCUAUGGAAAUUGACAAAAGGGGCUUUCUUACCCCGGGAACUCGGAGCUGCCUAGCUCCCUCAUUGGGGCUGGUCGGAGCUAGCUUAACGGUGGCCACAGAAGUGGCAGCGAGAGCUACAUGCACUGGGCCACACCGUCCACAGGAUCUUGCCCUCACUGAGCCGUCUGGGAGAGCCCGUGAGCUUGAGGACCUGCAGCCCCCAGAGGCCCUGGUGGAGAAGCAGGGGCAGUUUCUGGGCAGUGAGACAAGCCCAGCCCCAGAAAGGGGCGGGCCCCGCGAUGGAGAACCCCCUGGGAAGAUGGGGAAAGGAAAUCUGCCCUGUGGCAUGCCGGGCUCUGGGGCGCCUGAAAUGGGCAAAAGGCCAGAGGAGACGACUGUGAGCGUGCAAAGCGCAGAGUCCUCUGAUGCCCUGAGCUGGUCCAGGCUGCCCAGAGCCCUGGCCUCCGUAGGCCCUGAGGAGGCCCGAAGUGGGACCCCCGUGGGCGGGGGGCGUUGGCAGCUCUCCGACAGAGUGGAGGGAGGGUCCCCAACGCUGGGCUUGCUUGGGGGCAGCCCCUCAGCACAGCCGGGGACCGGGAAUGUGGAGGCGGGAAUUCCUUCUGGCAGAAUGCUGGAGCCUUUGCCCUGUUGGGACGCUGCGAAAGAUCUGAAAGAACCUCAGUGCCCUCCUGGGGACAGGGUGGGUGUGCAGCCUGGGAGCUCCAGGGUUUGGCAGGGCACCAUGGAGGAAGCCGGUUUGGCUUGGACGCGUGGCACAGGGGUGAAAUCAGAGGGGACCUGGGAAAGCCAGCGGCAGGACAGUGAUGCCCACUCAAGUCCGGAGCUGCUACCCCAAGAUCAGGACAAGCCUUUCCUGAGGGAGGCCUGCAGCCCCAGCAACAUACCUGCUGUCAUCAUUACAGACAUGGGCACCCAGGAGGAUGGGGCCUUGGAGGAGACGCAGGGAAGCCCUCGGGGCAACCUGCCCCUGAGGAAACUGUCCUCUUCCUCGGCCUCCUCCACGGGCUUCUCCUCAUCCUACGAAGACUCGGAGGAGGACAUCUCCAGUGACCCUGAGCGCACCCUGGACCCCAACUCAGCCUUCCUGCAUACCCUGGACCAGCAGAAACCUAGAGUGAGCAAAUCAUGGAGGAAAAUAAAAAACAUGGUGCACUGGUCUCCCUUUGUCAUGUCCUUCAAGAAGAAGUACCCCUGGAUCCAGCUGGCAGGACACGCAGGGAGUUUCAAGGCAGCUGCCAAUGGCAGGAUCCUGAAGAAGCACUGUGAGUCAGAGCAGCGCUGCCUGGACCGGCUGAUGGUGGAUGUGCUGAGGCCCUUCGUACCUGCCUACCACGGGGAUGUGGUGAAGGACGGGGAGCGCUACAACCAGAUGGACGACCUGCUGGCCGACUUCGACUCGCCCUGUGUGAUGGACUGCAAGAUGGGGAUCAGGACCUACCUGGAGGAGGAGCUCACGAAGGCCCGGAAGAAGCCCAGCCUGCGGAAAGACAUGUACCAGAAGAUGAUCGAGGUGGACCCCGAGGCCCCCACCGAGGAGGAGAAAGCACAGCGGGCUGUGACCAAGCCGCGGUACAUGCAGUGGCGGGAGACCAUCAGCUCCACGGCCACCCUGGGGUUCAGGAUCGAGGGAAUCAAGAAAGAAGACGGCACCGUGAACCGGGACUUCAAGAAGACCAAAACGAGGGAGCAGGUCACCGAGGCCUUCAGAGAGUUCACUAAAGGAAACCAUAACAUCCUGAUCGCCUAUCGGGACCGGCUGAAGGCCAUUCGAACCACUCUAGAAGUUUCUCCCUUCUUCAAGUGCCACGAGGUCAUUGGCAGCUCCCUCCUCUUCAUCCACGACAAGAAGGAACAGGCCAAAGUGUGGAUGAUCGACUUUGGGAAAACCACGCCCCUGCCUGAGGGCCAGACCCUGCAGCAUGACGUCCCCUGGCAGGAGGGGAACCGGGAGGAUGGCUACCUCUCGGGGCUAAAUAACCUUAUCGACAUCCUGACUGAGAUGUCCGAGGAUGCCCCACUGGCCUGAGCUGCCCACGCCCUCCCUGGCCCCCGCCUGGGCCUCCUUUCCUCCUCCUGUGCUUCCUUUCUCGUUCCUAACUUUUCCUUCACUUACACCUGACUGACCCUCCCAAACUGCACUACAAGACACUUUGUAGAAGAGAUGAGAGUUUCUAGUCAUUUUCCUAACUUCAGGGCUUGGAGGUGGUGUUUACACUGCUCUUUGUAGAGAGGGUCACCUACUAGAAGAGAAAUGCCCAGUCCGAGAGGUGGGUCAGGUGUCGAGCUGGAGGGGGUCCGUGGCUGCUGAGGGGACCCUACCAGAUGAGCCCUGCCUCUGGGAGCCCCCUAGGAAGCACCAGCCUGGACCGACCACCUGCGGAGGCCUGCUGCCCCCUGGCGGCCAGUGCUGUUAGAGUGCUGCCAAACAGCCUUGUUUCUGCCAGGGCCUCCCCACAGGAGAGCCCAGGGGGCCGGCCAGGUUCCUGGUGCCUGGCUGGGAGCAGGGCUUUCUGGUAGUUGGGGCACAAAACCAUCGGGGAGCCACAUGUUGACUGUGAGCAAAAAGUCUUCCGAUUAGCAGCCUCAGGGAUGCCCUGGUGGCCUCUCCAGGGCUGCUCAGGCAAGGCCCCCCACCCAUCUGGUAUGGAAACCUGCUGGCUCCAGGCCAGACCCGGGAGCCAGGAGAAGGCUGAAGCCAGCUUGGCUGUGUUCUCUGAUCUAGGCCUUCCCAGAGGAGACGAGCAGAAGCUGUGCCAUUUGGAAUUGCAACCCAUGAGUUCAGAAGGCACACUCUGCCAUGCUGAGCUCCAAGGGUGCUACCAGGGGAAGAUGGGACCUAUAGAGUCUCUGGGCCCUGGCCCCAGGGAGGAGCACGUUUUUCUCGACCCUCGCCUACCUGGUGCUAGUUGGUCAACCCUGCCUGCAUACAUGGGCUCCUGUCAUGGGGCCCAGAGUCCCUUGCAGAUACAGAAAUAGGGGAGGAGCUCAGGUCUGCGCCAGGCAGGAAGAAGGCAGGCUUCUGGCUUCCAGAGAUGCCGCGGUGGCCUCCUGGCAUCAUUUGUUAUUGCCUCUGAAAUAAGCCUUACCGCCUGGAGGGCUUAGAUUCCUGCUUCUCCAAUGUAGUGUGGGUAUCUUGCAGGGUAUGUGGUGGAUGCCAGGACGUGCUCCAGGCAUCUCUUCCUGAAGUCUCUGCCUUUGAAGAUUCGUGGAGAACCUGUUUAAGCCCAAUUUUAACUGAAAGCCAGUGAGUCUGUUAUGGAAGGGAAUGUAAGAUUUGCAUGACUUCUUAAGAACAAAACCCCCAGCUCUGUGCCCCAGGCUCCUUGGGGCUUGCCACCCACUCCUUUGCUGUCAGAGGUACAGGAGCUGGGAGAGUCCAGGAGCUAGGGACACAGAGGGAGACUAUGGACCAAGGUGUGUGUGUCUGGAGGAACCACUGCCCACCCCACCGCCCUGGGGUCUCUGGGGAACUGUCAGCCUGCCCACGGGACAUGUACAUUUCCCCUUUUGUGCUGGAAGUGUGAGUGACACUUGCUGGGGGUGGAGGGUGGGACACAUGAGGAUAUAUAAGUACAGAUUUUAAAAAAGGAAAUCACUUAAACUUCCUGGCUCUUGUUUAAAACAGUGGUGAGCUCCUGUGUGGGCCGACUUGCUAAAGGUCACACACGCACCCGGUGGAGCACGAGAGACCUCGUGGCAGCAUGUGAUCUGGAAGGCAGGCAGGACGGGGGCGUUGGGGAGCCAAAGUCAACUCUGGGCCUCUGGAGCUAUAGUGACUUUUGGGCUAGAAGGGACCCUGGUGGUCUGUGCUUCAGCCAUUUGCAGGGCAGGGGCAUCAUUAAUUCAGACGUAAAGAUUCUAUGACUAUGGACUGGCCAAAAGUUAUCCUCGUUCCAUCUGUGAAAGAAGUCUGCUAAAGCAAAUCAUGAUAUGAACGAAAACUACAGGGGACCUGUUUAAGAGAACAAAAUGUUCCAAGCACUUUAGGCAGACACCAGCUGUUUGCAAACAAUGUGCUAAUAUGCAAAUGAUGUGCUUAUUAAAGGAGGCCCAUAGGGCCUCUUAUUGGCAAUACUUGGCUGUGGGUUACAUUAAAUAUGUGAAAGUAGUAUGAAAUAGCAUCAUUUUAGGGUUAUUCUGUUACUUAAGGUUUUUGUUUUCUGUUUUUUUUUUCUUUUUUUGUAUUUACUGUGCUAGUUCUCUUCCACACCUACUCUGUCUCUCAAGCCAUUUUGCCACCUGCUUCCCUGCCAUCUGGCCCUUCCCUUUGUCUCAGUGAGAUAGAUGGAUUGUGAAAUGGAAUCUCCCAGAACCCCUGCCCUGGCAGCCUGGAAGACCGUGCCUGCCCAGCCCUCGUCACCACAGGGACUCCUUGGGUCCUGGCAGUGCAGGUGCCAGCAGGCAGGACAAACUGUGCACCUGUGCCCAGGUGAAUGGGCGCAGGGUCCUCUUGCCCUGUCCUCUGGGGGGCCCCGCGAGUUCUUGGCAUUCAGCACUGCUUAGCAUUCUCGGAAGGUUUCCUCAACUGCUUGCUUUUCCCAGGCUUGCCUUUAGUGUCAUGUAAGACAUUUUUAAGUUAUAUUUAUUUUGUUGGGUUUUAAAAUUGCACAGAACACUAAGACCGAAAGGCUGGACUCUUGUUUCUCCUUGAAAGCUUUGCCUUUGUUUUGAACUUCCUUUCCCACUUGGUAGAAAGAGCCCAGAAGCAGCCCUGGCCCUAUAAGAUGGACUCUUUCAUCCUUCAGUUGUAUUUAGCUUUGAGUUUCUCUGCAUCCGUCCACCCCAUGUGUAUAUAACCCAGCCCCUGGCUCUGGGGUGUUCACCUCCUCAGUGCCUUUUGUUCUGGAGGAGAGGACCCCCCCGCCUGCCGAGAGGCUCUCUUCCUGUUCUGCACCCCUCUCCCCAUGGGACCUUGGAGAAAACUGAACUGUUACAAACCCCUGCACAGUGCCUGUCAAACAGAUGCAAACCUUCCUGAAUAAAGCCUUGGAGACC